AUGUCGAACAAGCUGAUCGGCCCUUUGGGCCCACAGGCCCUCACGUGGACGAUCUCUGUGGCAAAUUUAACCGUAGUGGACAAAGUACCUCCGGAAAUGCUCCACCUCGUUGACACCUACUGGUAUCAGUUUCCGCCACUGGAAACCAAAUGGCACGCAGCCCUGGCCACCUCCAUCUGCUUACUGGCUCUUGUAUCCAUCGUGGGAAACGGAUGUGUUAUUUUCAUAUUUUCGUCCACUAAAAGUCUACGAACGCCUUCUAAUCUGAUGAUCAUAAAUCUUGCAUUUGCCGACUUCAUGAUGAUGUUCACGAUGGCCCCUCCGCUGACCGUUAAUUCCUACUAUGAAACCUGGGUGUUUGGACCACUGAUGUGUGAAAUCUAUGGCAUGUUCGGCUCACUCUCGGGCUGUGUGUCCAUCUGGAGCAUGACGAUGAUCGCCUUCGAUCGCUACAACGUUAUCGUAAAAGGCUUAUCGGCAAAACCUCUCACCUACGUCGGAUCCGUUAUGCGAAUAUUUUUCGUGUGGGCUAAUUCCCUCAUUUGGACAUUGGCACCUCUAUUCGGCUGGAACCGAUACGUUCCGGAAGGCAAUAUGAGCGCAUGUGGAACGGAUUAUCUAUCAAAGGACUGGAUCAGUGUUUCCUACAUCUACGCUUAUUCCGUUUUCGUUUAUUGGCUGCCGCUUCUACUCAUCAUCUACUGCUACACUUAUAUUCUAAAGGCUGUAUCUGCGCACGAAAGAAACAUGCGGGAACAGGCGAAAAAAAUGAACGUUGCCUCACUUCGUUCAUCGGACGCCUCUAAAACUAACGCUGAAAUUAAAUUGGCAAAAGUGGCCCUUGUGACCAUCACCCUCUGGUUCAUGGCAUGGACACCGUACUUGGUUAUUAAUUACGCGGGAAUCUUUGACACUGGCCCCAUCAGCCCACUGCAAACCAUUUGGGGAUCAGUAUUUGCCAAAGCCAACUCGGUCUACAAUCCUAUAGUUUACGGCAUCAGUCACCCCAAGUACAGGGCCGCUCUGUACAAACGAUUCCCAUCAUUGGACUUCCGCAAGAAUAAUACCAACGAUCAAGGAUCGGUUGCUUCGGGCGUUACUGGUAUUGAUCAAUGCGAGACUUAG